AUGAAUAUUGAAAAGAGUAGAAAUGCUUAUCCUUUUUGUCUUCCUGUACCAUUGAGUUUACCAAAGAAGAAUUAUAAUAAAUUAUUUGAACAUCAAAGAAAAGAAUUUAGGACGAAUGAAUCAUUGAGAAGAGAAAAGAUGAAGGAAAUGAUUAAAGAGAUUGAAAAAAAUAACAAAGUAUCAGAAAAGGGGGAGGGUGGUAUUGGUAGUACUAUGAAGAACUUACUUAAAACUGAAAGAUGUUCUAAUUGUAAUAAAGAUAAUAUUCUAGGUACAUUUGUAUAUAAAUGUGAAUGUUGUCAAGCAAUAUUAUGUGGAGAUUGUGUUAAAAAAAGAAAGUAUCAAAAGAAAAAUGAAGAGAUAAUAGACAUUGUAUUGUGUAAAUAUUGUGACUUUAUUUAUAUUGCUGUCACUGAAGAUAUUGUAUUUAGUAAUAAUAUAAAACAAGCUAAUGAAGACUCAGUUUACUUAUUAAGAUGUCAAAUUAUUAAUACUUGUAUUUCUUUUAUGGAAGAAUACUCUAUACUAAAUUUGUUUAUGAAGAAAUUAAUUUCAAGUCCUUCUCCAAGAGAAAAAGAUGUUAAAGUAUGUGAAGAUUCAUUAAAAAUAGUUAAAGUUAAAACACAAAAAGUACUGUCUUUACAAAACAUGAUUGAUUAUUUUGAUACUCCUCCAAAAAAAUCAGAUGCAACAAUUGCUUCUAAUGUUAUAAGAGCUAUGAAUGUCUUUAGAAGAGGUGUUGUAUUUAAUUCUAUAAACGAAGUUAAAAGCUAUGAAAAUUUACUUCAAGAAAUAGAUGCUGCUUUAGACUUUGACCCAGAAGUUAUAGGAAUUUCUAAUACUAUGUUACCAUUAACAGGGGGGACUUUGAGUAUUACUCUGAGUUCAAUAAGAAAUAUUAAAGUAAUGAUUAAUAAUAUGAACAUACCAUUUACUGUUCAGGGGCAUACUAUCACUUUCAAAGCACCUCCUUUAAUAACUGACCAAAUGAUAUUAAAUAUUCAUUUACUUCAUAAAGACAAGGAAGUGCCAUUACCUAGUGAUAUAAUUUACUUCGAUAUUCCAAAAGAAAUACUCGGACAAAAUUCUUUGUCAGAUCAACCUAAAGAAGAGUUAGAAAAGAAAGUUCAACAAAUUGAAGCACAAAAAGAAGAAGAAUUGAUUAAAAUUAUUUCAACUAUUGGAAGUAAACAUAAAAUUGACAUUGUUGAAUGUGACGAGAGUAUCAGUGAUGAUGACUCUAGUUUUGAUGACGUAAAUGAUACAACAGCAGAUGAUAAUGAAGAAGAGACUGUAUUAUUUAGUCAUUUAGAUAAAAAAGAUACAGAACCAAAAGAAAUUCCUAAUAAAUCUGAAGAGAGUCAAGGGGAAUUAACUGAGAAAUGUAUUGGGGAUACUAAAAUAAUUAAAGAAUGUAAUACUAUAGAACAGCCAAAAGAAAAAUCACUUUCACCACUAAUUACAUUAGAAAAUAAAAACACUGGUAAUGUUUUGUUUAGAAAGAGUAGAGUUAUUCGUUGUAAAGAAAUUGAAGAGGAAAACGAAAGAGUUAAAGAAGAAGAAAAACAAACAAAUAAAAAGAAGAAAGCAGAUAAUUCUCGUGAUACAGAAAUAAAAGAAUCAAAGAAUAUGAUUGAAGGAUUAGGUGAUCUUAGAUUUGCUACUACGUCUAACGUCAAAAUAAGUGAAGAAUUUGGUAAAGCCUUAAUGAGAACAGAUGAUGUUGUUAAAAUUGACUCAGUACAACCAACAAAGUAUAAUGGAAAUGAACCUGUAUUAUUUACUAUUACUGGAGAUAAUUUUGGAGAUGAACCAAUUGUAUAUAUUGGGGGAAAACAAGUAGAUGUAUAUGAAGAAAUAUCUAAUACUUGUAUUGUUGGUUAUUUACCAUAUUUUAAACAAACCCAAGUAUUAGAUAUUGUUGUUGAAAAAUGUUUUGGAGUAAAACAAACAAAAGAAAAUGCAAUUUUAGUUGAAAAUUAA